AUGGGCCUGUUGGUGGUGCCAGCCAGUGUUGUACAGACCUGGUCACAAAUGGUCACAAAGACCGAAGUCCGGACUGGAUGGUCACAAGUCUCUCCCACGGUCAGUAUGUUCUCACCAUGGGCGUUUCUAGUCCUAUGUGGGGAUACUUCCACCAACUUGAAAGGUUUUAUGGAAAUAAUAAAAGCCACCGUGUUGCCAACUCUUGCACUUGCAUCUGAUAUUCAAGGAACAGUAGAAAAGCUGGCUUGUCAUCUUGUGAAAUGCACACACGCUUCCGUAGAGGGGUGUGCUGAAGGACAAGCAUGGUUAGACCAGCAUUCAACAAGUCCGAUGCCUCAUGUCCAUAUAACUUCUUCUCUAUCACUGGGGACACAAAGAACCCCGCAUGCAAUCGACUAUCUGUUGAGAAGAUGGUGAAAAUCUCAUCUAUCAAACCAGACCUCAACCACCAACAUGCAGUCGAUGGUUCACAUGGGAAGAGAAUCCGUCAUUCAUUUGGACUUGCUCCUUUCGCUAGCGACCAUGACCCCUCUGGGGGCCGUUUGGAGCUCGAGCAUGGACAUCCCUCCUGCAUUCCUGAUGACAUAAACCAUGGCUACCAUCCUUUCCAUGCCGGUGUAAGUUUGCAGGGGAAAAGGGUACGAGAUAUUUUCAACUUGAUGCGAGAUUCAAUGUGGAUCCAGGGUGAGCGGAACUGAGGGCUAGAAACGGAGAUGGAAGACCUCUUAACAUGAG